UUACACACAGGCACAGAUCGAUCGACGGCCGGAGAGAUCGAGAGGAGAUGCUUGCGUGCAUCGCCUGCGUCAAGCAGGAAGAUGGCGGCGGCCGGCGCCAGGACCCGCCGCGCUCCGCCGCCGGCGACGACACGCCUACCUGCAGGGACCCCGUCAAGACGCUCACCUCCCAGCUCAAGGACAUGGUGCUGAAGCUGUCCGGCACGCACCGUCAUCACGGCGGCCACCAGAGGCGCGGUGGGUCGCCGCCGCCGAGGGGCCGGACGACGUCGCUGUACCGGAGCGGGUACUACCGGCCAGGCAUGGUUCAGGAUGACAUGGCGGUGCCCCCGGCGACGUACCUGGGCGGCGGGGGGACUUCGAGCUCGAGCUCGACGUCGGCGUGGGACUUCGCGCGGCCACCGGAGGGCGAGGCGAGGGAGUGGGUGGCGCAGGUGGAGCCCGGGGUGCAGAUCACGUUCGUGUCGCUCGCCGGCGGCGGCGGCGGCAACGACCUGAAGCGCAUCCGGUUCAGCCGGGAGAUGUACGACAAGUGGCAGGCCCAGAAGUGGUGGGGCGAGAACAACGAGCGCAUCAUGGAGCUCUACAACGUCCGCCGCUUCAGCCGCCAGGUCCUCCCCACGCCGCCGCGCUCCGACGACGGCGAGAGGGAAUCGUUCUACUCCCAAGUGGGCUCUACGAGGGGUAGCCCCGCCGCCACGCCGUCGCCGGCGCCGCUCACGCCGGACCGCGUCACCAGCUGGAGCGCAUUCGUCCGGCCGCCGCCGGCCUCGCGCCAGCAGCAGCAGCAGCACAGCUUCCGGCCGCUGUCUCCGCCGCCGCCGUCGUCGUCCAACCCGUCGGAGCGGGCCUGGCAGCAGCAGCAGCAUCAGCAGCAGCAGCGCGCCGGGAAGAGCCCCGCGGCCUCCGACGGCGUGGACGCGGCGAGGACGACGAGCUGCUCGUCCAGGGACGAGGUGUCCAUCAGCAACGCCAGCGAGCUGGAGGUGACCGAGUGGGUCAUACAGGACGAGCCCGGCGUCUACAUCACCGUCAGGGAACUCGCCGACGGCAGCAGGGAGCUCCGCCGCGUCCGCUUCAGCCGGGAGAGGUUUGCAGAGCUGAAUGCGAAGCUGUGGUGGGAGGAGAACAAGGAGAGGAUACAGGCCCAGUACCUGUAGAUGAUGAUGAGUAUGCACUAUUGGUAAAUCUGGGAAUUAAUUACUAGCAGUAAAAGUUGGCGCUUGCAUGGUGCAAGGGGGGGAAUUAAACUACAAAUCUUACUUUAUUUUACAAGUAAAUAGAGUUUGUGUUCCAAGUUGGAGCUGGGAAAGAUACGAGGUGGGGGGAGAUGAGGGGAAAAGAAAGGAAAAGUUUAGGGCAUUACCUGCCCAGGUAAUCUGUGACUGGUAUCAACAUCCUUCAGCUUUGUUCAAUCCAUAUUCUCUUCAAGUAUGGUUAGCAUUUGUAUUUCUGAGAAGAAAAAA